UUAGUUAAAACGGCAGGAACUGUGAGAGAAAAAUUGCAAAACGGAGCGCUUUUCAUUCAGAGUGUCGUUCACAGAAUAACAAACAAUCGUAAGAAAACGGAACGGAGUUUAAACUUAUUAAAGUCGUCGUCCACCACCGCAUCGGGAGUUCUCUCGGAACCUUACCGGUCGUGGUCGGAAUAAAGUGGAAAUUAGGGUUUAAAAGAUUCGUCUCUUCUCAUCCGUAUUUGCAGUGAUGUCGAAGCGUGCUGACAAAGGGAGAUCGUGGCAUGGAUCUCGAAUCAAUCAAUUCGGAGUUGUAUUCUUCGUUUUUGGGAUCUCACUGGUCGCGGUUCUGUUGUUUUGUUUCAGUGGCAAGAAGAAUCAGAGCUCGGAGCUGGAACUGGAACAACCGAGACAUAUUUCGAACAAUUUCAAUCCCGAUUUGGAAUCUCAUCCAACCGUAGAGAUUCAGAACGGGACUCAACUGAUAUGGAAGAUACCAAAUUCGGCAAAGGCAGUUCUGUUUAUCGCUCAUGGUUGCCAUAGGAAAGCUUCUGACUUUUGGGACAAAUCUUCAGAUUGCCCUGAAUGUACUGGUCUACCAGAAGAGAGGUUUCUUGUCCGGUUUGCUUUAGCUAAGAAGUUCGCUGUUUUGACUGUAUCUAGUGCUGGGAAAUGCUGGACCUUGGGGAAGGAAAAAACCAUUGUUGAAAACAUCAUUAAAUCGUGGGUGGAUAAGCACAAGCUUCAAAGGCUUCCUCUUGUCGCGUUAGGGGCUUCAUCUGGUGGCUACUUUGUCUCUGCUCUUGCUACACAUUUGCGGUUUAGUAGCAUCGUGCUUAUGAUUGCGGAAGGAGUCUUUGAUCAGAUUAGUAUAAGUAAACACUAUCCGCCGACUCUUUUUGUGCACAUGCCUAAAGAUGUCUACAGACAACAAAAGAUUAGGGAAUUUUUAGAAGGUCUCAGAAUGGAAGGCGUUGAUGCUGCAGAGAUUGAAUGCUUGGAUUUGCCGCUUUCUCCUGAUUUCUUGGCAGGUAGGAUUCCAGGUCUUGGUUCAGAUGUCUCGGCCAAACUGUUUAAGCUAUUUCAAGACAAGGGAUUUGUUGAUGAGAAGGGAUACAUGAAACGUGAUGGACGGAGAACACCGUGGAAACAAGCUCUCAGUGGCUACGGAAUAUCACUGGAACAAAGUUUGAUUACUCCUGUUGAGGAAGAACUGAAUCUUGCAUAUGCAUACCAUGAGAUGACGAGCUCGCAGUCUGACCAAAUCUUUAACUGGUUUGAAUCGCAUAUGAGCUGAUUGGCUGUCAGAUUUUCAUAUAUCAAGUUCAUUCUUUGAAAGCUGUAGGCAGCAAUAAUAUAUCUGCUUCCAAAGGAAAAUGCUUAAAAGGUGGAUUAUGAUUCGAUUCUGGUAAGAUCAUGGUCACUUUAGUGGCUGUGGUUAGGGUUAAGAAGACUGUUUUGGUUAGCGUAACUAAACUAAACUCUCCGCUUAAAUUCAGCAGGGUUGCGUAAAGCCAGCUGCUUUUAUUGAUUCUCGUUUGUAAGUUAACUAAGAUCAGUAAGUCUGUUGUGGUUGUUGAAUCUGUAAAAACUCCAAAUAUGAGAAUGUUGGAUGCUGUUGCUUGUAAGCUGCUGUCCAUACUGACUUAUAAAGUGCCUACUCAUAUCUCAUAUAUCUAAAAACUCACUUUCAGGCCUUUCCAAGUUUGAUCACCGACUUUACAAAAGACUCGUGGACCUCAGGAGUCCAUUUCAUUCUCAGCUUGUGAUUGGCUGCUGAUCCCGGAGAAGGGUGAGAUGAAACAACGUCAAUAUGCACUGCUCCAGCAACACAGCUUUGGCUUGGACUCAACCUGGUGACUGGAUUUGACGAAGCCAAUAGCAUUUCACAUAUCUUUUGUAUCAACCAGAAACCAAGUGUUAAAAGGAGCAAUAGACUUUUCACACUCUAUAUCAACACUUCAACAGAAUGUAGAAGCCAGUAUUUAUCAACACUUAACACUAGUUUUACGAGUCUGCUGCUUUCAA